GAGGGAGAGAUGAGAGAGAUUGAACGAGACGAAAGGCCGGAACAUCGAUGGCACGGUCCGAUAAUGGAACGCUCUUUCCACCCUUAUGGCUGAAACAAAAUGUAUGCAUCCGCCAAGAUUAGUGGCCUGGGAACCCCAAAAGUUUCAUGAGGCUUCGGACGGCCGGAUUAAUUAGCCCUCUCUUCACCGGACAAAGGAGGAUUGAUUUAACCUCCGCUUCAUCUGGAGUUUUCUCGCAUUGAAUCUGCUGAGUACGCCAUUGGCGAAAGAAUUAAUUGCACUUCCUUUCAUGCCUGAGAAAAAUGCGCCCGCAUUUCAUCUUCUUCCCUCGAGCGGCCAACAAACCGUAAUUCUUGCUCAUCAUUACCAUCUUCACUUCGUCAUUUACGAUCUGCUCCUUACAAGCUCGUGAUUGUCUUCACAUUGCUCCCCAUAUGACGAGCAGUAUGUUUGAUGUUGUACCGAAGCUGCCCAAUGAGCUAUCAGCUCAAAUCUUCUCUUUCUUCAACGUGUUCGAGUUGGCAAAGCUUGAACGAGUAAGCAAAUCAUGGAGAAACGUGAUCCGGACCAAUCCGAUCCUGUGGAAAGAUGAUCAAUUCGAUGAAAAAGUUCUCGAUCCUUGCGCUCUUCAACAUGAAGGCAAGUAUAAUGCCAUGCUCGAAAAGUGCGAUGGCAAGAUCGACAAAGUCUUUUUACCACUUUUCCUACCAUUCAAUACUCAAGGCAAACUAGAAUCAUUACUCGAGCCCUUGGCAAAAUCAGAAGUGAAAGACCUCUGGAUCGUGAUUAGAAAAGACAAAACGUGCCCUGGUCGACAUCAACACGGUGGGCCGAAUGCGUCAAGUAAACAACUUCAAGAUGCAGUGAAAGCCGUUUUGAAAGUAGUGGUGCAAUGUGCUCAUUUACAAAAUUUGCGAUUGGCUACGACUGAAAGUGUGAUGGUGAAUACAAAAACCUUUGGCGACCCAAAGAAGUGGCCUUUUGCUGCUAACCGAUUCAAGAAGCUGAGCUAUCUGCUCAAAUCUUCUCUUUCCUCGACAUAUUUGAGUUGGCAAGAAUGGAACGAGUGAGUAAAUCGUGGCAAACUUUGAUUCGAACAAACUCAACUUUAUGGAAAGAUGACCGAUUUGAUGCAAAGUUUCUUCAUUUAUGAUGUCUCUACACUCGCAUUCAUCGGGCUCUUACAAGUAAAUAUUGGCAGACUUUAGAGAAGAAGAGGAACGGUGAAUGGAUCUAGGCUGAGAGCCUUGAGAAAGAGGAAGUGCAGAAAGAGGAUGUGAAGGACUCAACAUAAGUUGCUGCACAGAGUUCAUCAAUAGAAUCAGCGGAGCAGUCCGCCUUGACCUUAUUUCCUCUUCUUAAUCGUUAUUACAAUUAGAU